CUACACUUGCUUUAACACCGAGCUCUUUUUGUCUAACGCGCAUUGCUGUUCAUGCCCACCGAGGCACCCACCCACCAACCAUUGUCAUCUUCUCCUCGAUUGUUCAUUACCUUUCGCGUCGGCUCCUGCUGUCCAUCGACCGCUUUCCCCAAUGGCUGUGCGAGUGGCUGAUUCUGCGUCAGCCAACCCCCUGCUCCUCCUCAUUGUCUUCCUCUCCUACAGCUCGGCAGCGGAGGCCAUCCGGACGCAUGGCGCUGGCUACGUGUCGGCGGUCGGCGACCCCGGCAUGCGUCGCGACGGCCUCCGCGUGGCCUGGGAAGCCUGGAACUUUUGCAACGAGGUCGGCCAGGAGGCCCCCGGCAUGGGCAGCCCCCGCGGCGCCGACUGCUUCGACAUCGUGGGUACCGACGGCGAGCAGGGCGAGCCGGUGUACAAGGUGGUGCACCGCGUGACCGACGCCGACAACAGCCUCCGCGCCGGCGACCCGUUCCCGGGCACGCCGGCAAACUCCACCGUCACCGACGUCGACCGCUACGCCGCGGCCAAGGAGCUCUACCUGGGCGACCGGUGCCAGGUGCCCGACAGCCCGGUGCCGUGGCAGUUCUGGAUGGUCAUGCUCAAGAACGGCAACCUGGACACCACGGCCGCCAUCUGCCCCGAGAACGGCCGCCCGACGCGCCCGUUCGCGCAGCCCUCCCGGUUCCCCUGCCCCGGCGGCACGGGGUGCAUGAACCAGCCGCUGGUGUUCCACAACCGCACCGCGCUGGACGAAACCGGCCGGUGGCUGCGCGGCGGGAUGUUCGGCACCUACGAGCUGGAUACCGCGGAUCUUGGGAGGAGCGACGUGUCCUACUACUCGGUGGAGUGGGAGAAGCAGAUAGCGGCGGCGACGGGCGGUGCCGGCGCCGGAUGGGUGUUCCAUCACAGGCUGCGGACGUCGCCCAAGUACCCGUGGCUCAUGCUCUACCUGCGCUCCGACGCCACCAGAGGCUUCUCCGGCGGCUACCACUACGACACCAGAGGCAUGACAAAGAUAGUUCCGGAAUCACCAGACUUCAAGGUGAGGCUCACCCUGGAGGUGAAGCAAGGCGGGGGACCCAACAGCCAGUUUUACCUGAUGGACAUGGGCAGCUGCUGGAAGAAUGACGGCUCCCCGUGCGACGGCGACACCACCACCGACGUCACGCGCUACAGCGAGAUGAUCAUCAACCCGGAGACGCCGGCGUGGUGCACUCCGGCGCGCAAGGACCAAUGCCCGCCGUGGCACACCUUCCGCAACGGCACCCGCGUGCCCCGCACCGACGCCGCGCGGUUCCCCUACGCCGCCUACCACGUCUACUGCUCGCCGGGGAACGCCGCGCACGCCGAGCAGCCCACGACGUACUGCGACCCCUACAGCAACCCGCAGCCGCAGGAGAUCCUGCAGAUCAUACCGCACCCGGUGUGGGGCGAGUUCGGGUACCCCACGGCCAAGGGGCAAGGCUGGAUCGGCGACCCCAGGGCCUGGGAGCUCGACGUUGGGGCAUUGUCCCACGCACUAUACUUCUAUCAGGAUCCGGAGACACCGCCGGCGAGGAGGCGGUGGCCGUCGCUCGAUGUCGGCACCGAGAUAUAUGUUAGCAAGAGUGCCGAGGCAGAGUGGACGCUCAGUGGCUUCGACAUCCUUGUUCCCAAUAACUGUAUCACAUCACAAGGGGGAGACAUCAGUGAUUGCUGGUAGCCUAGGUGAAGGGUCCUUCUCUUACCUACCACUACAGGCUUUUAAGCAACACGCAUGACUCAUCUAACAAUUUGAGUACCCCGUUUCUUAACGAAAGGAGUUUAUAUCUAUAA